AUGGCGCAAAUAACAGACGCUAGCAUGCGCGAGAUCAUCACCCAGCGACUCGGUGCCGUGCACGUCGAGGUCGCCGACAUGUCCGGUAACGUUUUGUCCCUCUCUGCCUCUUGCCAUGACUCGAUGAUGAGAACGAAGCCGUUCCCAAAGCCGUUCCCCCACCACCGUUUUUCUCACACGACGAAUCGUUUCCUGUCCCUUUCACUAACUCGAAUUUCGACAGGCGGCUGCGGUCAGGCGUUCACCUCGCUUAUCGUCUCCCCGCAGUUCCACGGCCUCACCUCGCUCAAGCGCCACCGCCUCGUCAACGCAGCGCUGCGCGACGAGAUCGCGGCCAUCCACGCAUGGACCGCCAAGUGCCAGACGCCCGAGGAGUGGGAGCGCGCGCGCGCGACCGCCGCGCCGCCCACGCUCGGCACCGUCGGCGGACAGGUCGAGGGCACGGCGCAGUGA